CGCAACAUUCACUCAGUUGAGUCGGUACAGUCCGAACGAACGAAACGGUACGUACAUCAGGAUGAAGCUCUACGCUGUUGGUCUGUGCGUUGCUUUGGUGUCCAUUGGACUGUCGUUGGCCGUCGAGUUGCGUGAGCCUUCGACACGCAUCAGCAAUGGAGGGGUGGCAGGUCCAUCACAGUUCCCAUUCGUCGCGGGAAUUCUCAUUUCCGGCACCUCGGAACGAUCGUUCUGUGCUGGAGCACUGAUUUCGCGUCGCUUCGUGCUGACGGCAGCGGCCUGUGUAAUUGGCACCAACACGUUCACGGUACUGCUUGGAGCAACCGAUAUGACCCGCAUUGAGCAGAUCAUCCCAGUGCUCAACAUUCCCUCGCACAUCAUCGUCCAUCCGGGGUAUAGUUCGCUACUCAACAGGGAUGACAUUGCGCUGCUGCAGCUGUCCCGUGAUGCGGAUCUCUCACCGAACGUGCAGGUGGCCAACUUGCCGCGCCGGUAUCAUACGGCGUUCACGUUUAACGAUUGGGCAGCCACGGUAGCCGGUUGGGGUAAUACUGGCAAUCGGGACAAUGAGCCCAUCCCGCUGCAGCAGCUCCUGUUCGCUACGGGCUCGGUAGUGUCCAACUUUGUUUGUGGCAUUUCGCACAGCUUCAUCCGUGAUGGCAAUAUCUGCAGCUCUACCGACGAGGGAGGCCCGUGCAAUGGAGACGAAGGCGGUCCAGUUUGGGUGACCGAAGGUGGCGAAACGUUCAUCAUCGGUAUCCACUCGUUCCACUACGAUGGGCUGUUUGGAUGCGAUCGUGGUCGAUCGUCGGUGCAUACGCGCGUCACGGAAUAUCUGGACUGGAUACAGAGCAACAGUGAUGUAGUGAUUAGACCGUAAAAUGCUUUACUAAUAAACUGAGCCGUUUCUAUAAAAAAAAAA